CGUCAGCACGCAUGAAAAUCAUGUUUUAGGACAUUUUGUUCCUUAUGGUGACAAUUUUUGACCCUUUUCUGACAAUAUAGAAUCAAAGUUGAUGUUGAAAAUGGAGCUAGCGGAGGUGGUCAAUCCACACUUUGCAGUGCCAGUCUUUGGAGUGGUUCUCUGUGCAGUACUCGUCUUUGCGUUUGGGUUCAAAUCUUCAGUUCAACCACCAAGUUUCGAUUUCGACGAAGAAAAACGACUGAGAAGAAGGAAGGGGAAGAAAUCACAAACAAACGGGCAUAUACCAAGUCAGAGUGUCGCUGUAGUUACGGUUGCUAAGCAACAGGUGUCUGCUACUAAGUCAUCUGCUAAAGCUAAAUCAGAGGAGAGCCUGCAGGCUAAGCUCAGGACUAAAAAGGCGGCUGCAAGUCCUAAGGCUGCUCCAGCCAAACAUGAUGUUGCCAAGGCAACGGAACCUGUGGAGGAUGUGGACGGAUGGACGACAGCCAUAUCCAAGAAAGUGAAGAAGCGUCGUAACAAGGAGCAACCUGAAGAUGUGUCCAAGUAUGAUCUCCAAGACGUGGAGUUGUCUGGGGGUGAGGCUCGUACCGACGAUGUCCAGGAAGCCAUGCCAACAUCUGGGGAGGCAGAGUCGCCCAAAGGUCAGCGCAAACGGAAGGAGAAGAAACAGAAGCCUGUCAAGGAGGUAACCACGACCGAGAAUGUGUGUGAAACCUCUGCAAAGAUCGUCACCGAAGCUCCAAAAACAGUCUCUGCUAAGAUGGACAUAGAAACGCCUGAACGGGACGUGAGCCAAGACGUCAAGGUCGAGCCUGAAGAGGAAAAGCCUACUGAAGUGAUGACUCCUGAAGAAGAGACAAGUCAUGCUGAAGUUAUAAUACCAGAUGAGCCACCAAAAAGGAGCCCAAAGAAGAUUAGGAGUAAGAAAGAUAAAAUAGCGGCAGCGCCCGAAAUAGAAGAGCCCAAACCAGUUGGAUCGACCGAGGGAUUAGCUGCCAAAGAUGACGUCCCAGAUAAAAAGUCUAAAAAGAGUCCCAAGAAAAAGAAAAAAGGAACAUCCCAGGAUGUCAGUGAAACGUUAGAGACACCCUCGGUGAAUGAUGUAGAAUCAAGCCACAUAUCAACAAGUCACAUAGCGGAUGUUUCCUCCUCAAAGGCUGUCAAAGAGACGGUCUCUCAAGGUGCUGCCCAUGAUGAUAGUAAUCAGCCAGAAAGUGGAGAGAGGUCAAACUCGCCAGCUGAGAGCGUGUCCAAUCCUCAGCCAAGCUCAUCUCCAGUGACGUUUGAUGAAUUGGGAGCGGACGACUGGCAAGAAGCCAAACCUCAGAAGAAGAAGAAGAAAACACGACGAGAAAACUGAUCCUGGUGAUCAAGUGUGAUAAACAGAUUCUCUCAAUAAUAUUUAUAUUUUGGUCAUGAAAUGAUUAGCCAUGAUGGGGCCAUGGGCACUCAUACUCAAACAGUCCACAUGUGGUACAUUUAGCAAACACUGUUUGAAUAUUUGCGCCCCAAAAACUAUUUUUUAGGUGACUAUUGUCUGUUACAGAAUUAUCAGGUUAACUAUUAUUGGUGAUCUUUGUGAAGUGUCUGACCAGACUAUUUUGUAGGAGGCAAUAGUGAGUGAUGGUCUAAUACUUCCUUUGUAGUUGUCUUCUAAACUGUUUGACUUAUGAGUGUAUAUGCGGUGAGUGUGGUCGCUUCCUAGUAUAGGGGGCGCUGGCAAUAGGGGGGUCUAAUGUAUACACACGAUUGCAGCUUGGGUUUCAAACCAAGUGUGACCUGUCGUGUAACCGAGUGAUGGUUGUAUUAUAUUUUAUUACAUGUAGAUGAGAAGGCCACAAACAGUUCAUGAAAACUUCAGGUGUGGAAGACUUUUACCCAAAGGGUCAGUCUGUGUUCAGGGGAUUUUAUACAUUCCUCUUUGGUCCUAUAUGAGUAUAUGGGAACACCAGUCCGAUAUGAACAUUGUAAGAUAGGAACACCAGUUAGCGCAUUUGUUUAAUUAAGGGACAAAGUUAUUAAUAAUUGGAUCCAGUGAUGUGCUGGAUCUCUUGGUGGUGUUCAAACAGGUUAUCAGACUGGUACUGGGGGUGGUAUCCAACUGAGCAUUUGGCCACUCAUCCUAGAGGGUGUAUACCGAGGCAUUUGUGCCCAAAAGCAGUAUACGUAGUUGGCCGUGGUGUUUUUUCGGUGCUGGCUAGAAUCUCCAAUGGUGUGUAGUAUAAAUCACGGAGAGACUUCCAACCAUAAGACUUUCACUCCAGAUGAUGCACACUUUUGAAAGCUUCCGACAAAAUAUCUUGGGCACUUUUUUAAUAUUGAUUUGAGGGAUGAGUGGAUUCAGUUCUAAUGUAAGAGUAAUUUCAUGUGUUCAUUAUCAACCCGGGGUGUUUCUUCAUCUAUACCAGAAGAUGUUUCCCCAGUAACACAAGUCUCUAUUGACAUGUACAUGGGUUAUGUACAGUGAACGUGUGCAACGAUGGGCUUGAUAUACUUAUUCUCUAGAUGUCAUUUGAUGAUUUACUGCUGUCAUACAAUGCCCUUAGGUCUGAGGUAAGAACGCGUGGUGUCAAUCAUAGGUGUGCUUACAUUAUGUUUAUCGGCAUGCGUGUGUAAUCUAUUGCUUAUUGCAAGUUUAGGAUUGUGGGUAAAUGAUGUACCUGGCCAUCUUUCUGCUUGUACCUUUGUGUCACAUUAGGCAAUGCAUCUGUGGUCAUUAAACCUGAAGAUUUUGAGCUCGGUCCUUACCAUGACUUAAUCAUUCCACUAGAUGAGGUAUUGAGGAGCAUCUCCUCUCUCAUCUGGCUCUUCAUAUUACGAUCGUCGGCUCACUCCUCCGCUUCCAAAGUGAAUGUGCCAAAUUGAAACACAUGAUGGCACAGCAUGAGUUGAGACAAAACUACAUGUUGGGGUCUGAAAUAUGAUGAUGUGUCAUCGAGAGUUUCUUCCAGAGUGUUGGUUGUUGUUGCUGUUGGUAAGUGAGGACAGAACCAGUUUCCACGUGUACCGUGGUGCACUGGUUGUGUUGCUGAGGAAGUGUUGCCAUUUCUCCGAGACUGAUGUCUCUUCGUGUCAUAUUCAUCACUUGUUUAUCCACACAACACCACUCAGUGUUGUCGGCCCAUAUUGUAGAGAUGUGCUAUUGCCAUAGUGAAAUUGACUGCCAUAAAAUGUAUAAGUGAAGAUAAUUAUGAUUACAUGCUACGUUUUCAUCUGACUGUACAAUAAGAUUUCAACAUGAAUGAUAUAUAUUUUCUGUAUAUUUUUGUCGGUGAGCACGUUUCUAUGUAAUUGGUGUUGUGGUGAGGUCAGCGUCUUCCAUGUCACAGUAGUUGUCGCCCCUGAUGUGCUGGUGUUGUACACAUCAGUUUAUGUCGACCGACUCCAUGUAACAGCUCAGUCAUCGCUGCUUCACGUUUUUGCCAAAGUGCUCAGUGUUAAAUGAAUUGAUCAGCCAGCAUUAAUAUUUCUUCAUAGCUUAGUGUACGGGGUGAAGCAGUCACAUUUCUUCUUGUGACUUCAGUGAUUCAUCUUCAAGUGCAAUAAGGAGAGUGGUGUGAGUUCUUCAUGAAGUGUUGAGAGGCAGAGGCCACUGAACCAACUUCAGCCUUCAUUAUUAUAGCUCAAUGUGUCUGUGACUUGACAAGUCUGUCAGCUGCUCUUCUCAUAAAGACUUUGGUGUGUUCUUCGCGUCUUACGAUAUAAGUUACUGGUGUGUGAUGUAUACAAAUCCAGAGGUUAAGGGUCAAACUCUUGUAGGGGCAGGGAAUAUAGGUGUCAGUUUGAACAUAUAUUUUGAGUGAGAUUUCAUUUUCCGUAUGUUAUUGCUGUAAACAGAAAAAUGUUGUAAAUAUAACAGUACAAAUAUUGUACAUGCCAAGUUAUAUGAAGUCAUCUUAUAAGACAGUGAUGUUUAUUUUUGAUGGGUUGGGACAAUUUCAGAGAAAGUGUACAGGACUUGGCAAAUGAUGGCAGAGUUUGGUUUUGUGUACAUUCUGUGGACUAUCUGUCUCAUAAAAGUCGAACCGGGGUUUACAAUGAACAUGAUCAUUUUGGUAUGGGGUGUUGUUCACUUUCUCUGGAAUUCUGGUUUUGUUUUGGGAGAGUUAUCCAAAAUGGUCAUAAAACGAUCAUGAUGUUGACAUUAUAACGUCAACUUGCUCAUAAUUCAUGCAAUUCUUGUGUAAUACUUGCCCAAUAAUGUCCUAUCUUACUGUGCUGCUCUGCAGAGAGAUGAGGCCUUACCCUGGUGAUCACAGCCUGGUGAACUGUCUCAAUCCUCUUACUGAGAGUUGAACAUAUCGUGUCUUUCAAUAUGUUAGUUUCCAUGAUUAGACAAGACACGUUCCUUCAACCCAGACAGAUGUCAAAAGCAUUGCCUACUACAUUUUCUCAAAACCGAUACCAAUUUUUUUCAAGUUAUGUUACUUUUGUUGAAUGAGAUGUCAUGUUAGCAGUGUUUGGGAGAAAUCGCUUUAAGGUUCAUGGUGCAGAGAUUGUAUUCAUGGACUUAUUAUUUCUUUAUUGCCAUUUAUGACAAGCAGACGUGUGUUUAUAAUGAUUGCUUGUUUGAUAUUGUCAGGUGUCAUACCAUUCCAGGAUUUGUUAAAAACUGUGGUAUCCAUCAACUUGUGACAUGAAUGUAUUCUGGCACAAGACUACUUACUGAUAGCUUACGCUAGCUGCUUUCCUCCAGGUUCAGGUUUGUUGGAAGAACCUUUGGACAGCCGAGGAUUUUGAAAUAUUUGGAUGUAACACCUUUUGGAGAAAAACUAACUUGAUGUUUUCACAAGUCUAACUUUGUUUAGCCGUGGCUGGUUCUCAAUAGGCUUCUCUGAAUAACUGUUCAAGCUGCCCAAUGAACCUGAACUGUGACUAGAAGCGGUACCGAGUUCAUCUUGGUUCUUCCUGUUGUCAACUUGCAUCAAAACUGGGAUACAAGGUGCUAAUUAAAGUAAUUACUGGUCUGCUUAAUGAAAGACUUGUCAUGAUCAGAACAGUAAUUGACUGCCUUCCAAUCGUAUUUCAUAUCUUAAGUGAAUGUGCAAAAAAUGUUCGAAACUGAGCUGCCUGUACGUACAAGUCUUCACUACAAAUAAUCUUGAAUAUACAGUAAAGUCUAGCUUUGAAUCUCAUUUACUCUGAUGUAAUGAUGUCAACUUCUUCUGUCUUUUGUCAUCAAGAUGGACAUUUGAAUGAACUGAAAACAUUCCAAAUUGUAUGUGUCCAACAAAAAUUGACACGUUGGACACAUUCGAUCCAAACUAGGCUUUCUGAGAAAUCCAGCAGGGGCAACCUUACUGCAGGGUGUGAUUUAAUUGUGGGUGCAUUUUGUCAGCCUUCUUGGUGAGACACCCCAUCUCCCUCAAGAUACCUGGAUCCUCCAUACCCUGGGGACUUGUAUUGUUCUGGUGGUGCUUGACUAUUCAGCAUUUGGCAGUCAGGACCCAUCAUUUCUUUGUAAAAGUAUUACUGAAGAUUGAUGAUGUCAAAUUAUAUUAAAUAAAGUAAAUUCUAUGAAGUAUAAA